CGAGGCAGCCGUGCGGAGCCAGGAUGAAGGCGCCUGGAGGAGGACCCCGGGCCCAGCAGCUCUGCCUCCCUCUCCUCCUCCUCCUCCUCCUCUCAACUUUCCCCCUCUUGAUUGCAGAUGGCCUUGUGGAUGUGCUCCAGGCAUUUGGUGUGCAAGAGGGCAGGAAUGGAGUCUCCAUCGCUGCUGGGAUCUGUACUCAGAGGAAUGGUUCUGAAGAAAGUGACCUGGCCUUCCACCUAGAGAACCAGACACAUUUCAGCGCCCCCACCAGGCAGCUCUUUCCUGAUGGGCCCUUCCCAGUGGACUUCUCAAUACUGGCUACACUGCGAGCACUCAAAGGGAGCCAGACUUUCUUGCUCUCUGUAUAUGAUGUGCGGGGUGUCCAACAGCUUGGCGUAGAGAUUGGGCGUUCUCCUGUCUUCUUGUAUGAAGAUCAACUUGGGCACCCAGUGCCUCAAGAUUACCCCCACUUUCGACGAGUCAACUUGGCUGAUGGCAAGUGGCACCGCAUUGCUUUGAGUGUGGAAGGUGGGAAUGUGUCUUUAAGUGUUGACUGUGAAGACCCUCUAGCCCUGCCCCUGAAGCGAGGUGCACAGCCUGUUGUCAGUGUCGAGGGAAUCACUUUGCUUGGUGCUCGGCGGCCAGAUGAAGAUGUUUUUGAGGGUGACCUGCAGCAACUGUUGGUUGUGUCAGAUCCAGCAGCUGCAGCCCAUUACUGCCAGCAUUACAUGCCUGAUUGUGACAGGCAACUCACCUACAGAUUGCACACUCAGGAUCCUGAAGAGAACAUUCCCCGCAGGAAGGGGAAGAAGGGCAAGGGCAAAGGAAGGGGCAAGGGCAAGGGCAAGAAGAGAGGCAGAGGCAAGAAGAAGAGGAACAAGGAGUCGCCUGAGACGUCCUCACUCACUCCAGCCCCAGGCCAGUAUGAGGCUCCAUCUCCAGCUACCCCUCCAGUUGAGUUCCAGGAGAAGAGUUCCGAUGGGGAGCCUGGAGUCCUUGCCACUGUCACAGUCAACCUGAACUUCACAGACAACCUUGAGGACCUACUUGGAGAAGAGUAUGUGAUCAGUGAAGACAUAGAACUGGAGCCCAACAGCACUUUUAGAGAAUAUGAAGAGAGACUUGACUACCGAAUGAGGGACUAUGAGGACUACUAUGACCACAGUGAUGACAGCAGGGAGGAAGGACGAUAUGACCCAGCCGAGCGAUCUGAAGGCACCGUCCAGUUCCCCAAGGAAACCAAUCUGAAAGGAGAGAAAGGUGAACCAGCUAUCAUAGAGCCUGGCAGGCGUUUUGAAGGGCCACCUGGAUAUCCAGGUCCACAGGGUGAGACUGGCCCAAUGGGACAGGCAGGGCCACCAGGAUUUCCAGGAGAUCACGGCGAACGGGGACCACCAGGCCUCCCAGGCCUCCCAGGAGCUGAUGGCAUGCGUGGACCUCCAGGGACCAUGAUUAUGUUACCAUUCCAGUUUGGUGGUGACUCAGUGAAAGGCCCUUCAGUGUCCUUCCAGGAAGCCCAGGCACAGGCGAUUUUGCAGCAAGCAAAGCUUUCCAUGAAGGGUCCCCCUGGCCCCAUGGGCCUUACAGGUCGGCCAGGACCCCUGGGCCUCCCAGGGAAUUCAGGACUGAAAGGAGAUGCAGGUGAUGCAGGACCACAGGGUUCUCCUGGGAUACAAGGGCCAAUUGGGCCCCCAGGGAAAACUGGAAAGAGGGGUCGCUCAGGAGCAGAUGGUGCCAGAGGACUCCCAGGAGAAACAGGACCCAAGGGUGAUAGGGGCUUUGAUGGGCUCCCAGGACUUCCUGGAGAGAAAGGAAAUAGAGGAGAAGUUGGACAGCCAGGCCCACCUGGAGCUCCCGGUGAAAAUGGUGCUAAGGGCUCUGAUGGCAUACAAGGCCCCAGAGGACAGCCUGGGGAAGCCGGCAUGCGUGGCUUGACUGGUUCACGAGGUGCUCCUGGUGCUCCCGGCCCACCGGGUGCAAAUGGUAUUGAUGGGGCUCCUGGACCCAAAGGCAACUUGGGCAUUCAGGGUGAACCGGGACCACCUGGGCAGCAAGGUAACCCUGGACCUCAGGGUCUGCCUGGUCCCCAAGGUCCUGUUGGACUUCCAGGUGAAAAGGGUCCACCAGGAAAACGAGGAAUACCAGGACUUGCUGGGAUGGAUGGCCCUCCGGGUCAUCCUGGAAGAGAAGGACCAGCUGGGGAGAAAGGAGCCCAGGGUCCAUCUGGUGCAGCAGGACCAAUAGGUUACCCUGGUCCCCGGGGAGUCAAGGGGGCUUUUGGAGUGAGGGGCCUGAAAGGCAGCAAAGGUGAGAAGGGUGAAGAUGGAUUCCCUGGCUUCAAGGGUGAUAUGGGGCCAAAAGGUGAUCGGGGUAAUGCUGGCGCAUUGGGUAUGCGUGGCGAAGAUGGCCCAGAAGGACUGAAAGGCCAGGCGGGACCAGUUGGGGAAGCAGGGUCUUCUGGCCCAGCUGGAGAAAAGGGCAAAUUGGGAGUACCAGGCCUGCCUGGUUACCCUGGCCGCCAAGGACCUAAGGGCUCAACUGGAUUUCCUGGGCCUCUGGGUUUCAUUGGAGAAAAAGGCAAACGAGGCAAAGCUGGCCAAGCUGGGCAGGCUGGACAACGAGGUCCCACGGGGCCUCCAGGUGAGCGUGGUAUGCCAGGAGCCACAGGAAAACCAGGACCAAAGGGUGACCCUGGUCAUGAUGGAGCCCCUGGGAUUGCAGGGGAAAGGGGUCCUACUGGUCCACAAGGUUCCAAUGGAUUUCCAGGGCCUAAAGGGCCACCCGGCCCUGCUGGAAAGGAUGGCUUACCUGGACAUCCAGGUCAGCGUGGUGAACCAGGAUUUCAUGGCAAAACUGGCCCACCAGGACCUGCUGGAGUCGUGGGACCACAGGGAAACUCAGGAGAAACUGGUCCCACAGGGGAGAGGGGCCACCCAGGCUCCCCUGGGCCCCCUGGCGAGCAAGGGUUGCCAGGUGCUGCUGGCAGGGAAGGUGCCAAGGGUGAUCCUGGACCCAGUGGUCUCCCAGGCAAGAAUGGUCCUCCUGGAGUGAAAGGGUUCACUGGGGCUCGAGGACCUGCUGGAGAGACUGGACCAACUGGACUGAAAGGGGCUGAAGGGCCACCUGGUCCCCAGGGCCCUAUGGGUCCUCCUGGUGAGCGAGGCCCCUCUGGAGCAGCUGGGGGCAUUGGACUACCAGGCCGAGGAGGUAACCAAGGUCCUCCUGGCCCUGCAGGGGAGAAAGGGGCACCGGGCGAGCGAGGCCCAAUGGGACCAGCUGGGCAUGAUGGAAUCCCAGGGCCAGUGGGGCUGCCAGGACCACCUGGGCCACCAGGACUUUCUGGAGAAGAUGGAGACAAAGGAGAGAUGGGUGGCCCAGGACAAAAGGGAAGCAAGGGGGACAAAGGUGAAGCGGGCCCUCCAGGACCUACUGGGAUUCAGGGACCCAUUGGGCAUCCAGGCCCUGCUGGAGUGGAUGGGGAGCCUGGGCGCCGAGGGCAACAAGGCAUGUAUGGACAAAAAGGAGAUGAAGGAUCUCGUGGAUUUCCAGGAGUCAAUGGCCCACCUGGUUUACAGGGAAUGCCAGGGCCCCCAGGUGAGAAAGGCGAAAGUGGUGAUGUUGGCCCAAUGGGCCCACCAGGAGCUCAUGGGCCCCGAGGCCCACAGGGUCCCAGCGGUGGGGAUGGCCCACCAGGUCAACCUGGUGGGGUGGGACAGCCAGGUGCUGUUGGUGAAAAGGGUGAACCGGGUGAAGCAGGGGACCCUGGACCUACAGGGGAGCCAGGCCGGCCAGGUGUGAAGGGUGACAUGGGUGAAAAAGGAGAUUCUGGCCAAUCAGGAGCUGCUGGGUCCCCUGGCAAAAAAGGCCCUCCAGGAGAAGAUGGAGCCAAAGGGAACCUCGGCCCAAUCGGAUUCCCUGGUGACCCAGGCCCAUCUGGAGAUCCUGGCCCUCCUGGCCUUGAUGGAGCUCCUGGUGAGAAGGGUGACAUGGGGGAUCCUGGACUUCCUGGAUCUCCUGGAGCUUCAGGGGAGCCAGGUCCUCCUGGAUCACCAGGGAAGAGGGGACCUCUUGGACCAGCUGGUCGUGAAGGUCGACAGGGUGAGAAAGGAGCCAAGGGAGAGUCUGGCACAGAAGGACCUCCAGGGAAGAUGGGUCCUGUGGGCCCACAAGGAGCUCCAGGCCGCCCUGGCUCAGAAGGUCUACGUGGAAUUCCUGGUCCAGUAGGUGAACAAGGUCUCCUGGGAGCACCUGGUCAGGCGGGCCCCCCAGGCCCAAUGGGUCCAACAGGACUCCCAGGUCUCAAGGGUGAUCCUGGCUACAAGGGCGAAAAGGGUCAUGCAGGACUCAUUGGGUUGAUCGGUCCCCCAGGUGAGAUGGGUGAGAAAGGUGACCAGGGGCUGCCAGGGAACCAGGGAACACCAGGCCCUAAGGGCGACCCCGGAGUUGUUGGACCCCUCGGCCCCUUAGGACCACCUGGCUCUCCUGGGCUCUCGGGACAACUGGGACAAAAAGGCAACAAGGGUGCACCGGGACCUAUUGGACCAAAAGGUGAUCUAGGACCCCCAGGACCUCCAGGGCCACCAGGCCGCCCUGCUGAGCUGCAGGAUCCAGUGCCAAUGGAAAGUGGUCGCAAGAGCCGUCGUGACUGGGAGCUCAGGGAGCAAGGAGAUGCCCCGGUGGCAGGGAAUUCAGACCCUGAUGCAGAUGGACUGGCAGAGGUUCUGGCAGUUCUAAGUUCCUUACGCGAUGAGGUGGAACAAAUGCGAUGUCCCCUAGGCACCCAAGAGAACCCUGCCCGUGUCUGCAAGGAGCUCCAGUUUUGCCAUCCUCACCUCACAGAUGGUGAAUACUGGAUUGAUCCUAAUCAAGGAUGCAGCCGAGAUGCCUUCAGAGUUUUCUGCAAUUUCACAGCUGGUGGGGAAACCUGUGUAUUCCCUGACAAGAAAUUUGAAGCUGUACGACUUGCCGCCUGGAGCAAGGAACAACCAGGAAGCUGGUAUAGCACAUUUAAGAGGGGCAAGAAGUUCUCCUAUGUGGAUGCAGAUGGCAACCCCAUGCAGGUGACCCAGCUUACAUUUCUGCGCCUGCUCAGUGCCAUUUCCCACCAGAACUUUACCCUCCUCUGCCAGAAUGCAGCUGCCUGGUAUGAGACUGACACCAGCAGUCAUGCUCGGGCCUUGCGAUUUCUUGCCUUCAAUGGUGUGGAGCUGAUGCACAACAGCACAGAAGCCCCCAUUCGUGCCUUGUAUGAUGGCUGCCAGGUGCGCAAGGGUCAGGAACGGACAAUCCUGCAAGUUGUGACACCCCAUGUGGAGCAGCUCCCAUUGGUUGACGUGGCCAUUCAGGAUUUUGGGGACAACAACCAGAAGUUUGGCUUUGAGCUUGGGCCUGUCUGCUUUGGUGGCUGAUCCCUCCAGAGUUGAACAGCUCCCUCGAGACUGUGGGACCACUCCUGAAAGAGAGAGAGGGGGCUCAUAGCCCCCCUUUCCCAGCACCUGAGGAGUGGGGAGCAGGAGAGGAGCCGGCCCUGCAAAGACCUGCCGUUGUAUUUAAUCAGAUGACAGCUUCCUAUUUAUGCGGCCAAGGUCCCCUUGGGGUUGUGACUCUUAGAGAGCAGCGCAGAGCCCAGACUGAGCCAGGGCCCUCAUUUUGUGCAGCCCCAACAAUUGGUGCUAUUACACCCUCUUAGUGAAGCACUGGACUGACUGCCCGGCACCUGCAGGGAUGAGGGUAAUGGAGAACUUGCCACACACUGCUGACCUCCCCCUUCCUACUGCCCUUUCUCUUCAUCCCUCCAAAAGGCACAGGGGCAUCAAGAAGUCACUUGAGAAACGGGAAUUCUGGAUCACUCUAUUGACACAACCACCCACAAAUGGACAUGGGCACAGGGAUUGGAUGGAAGUAGUGGAGGAGGACUGCAGUAGCUUCCAAGCCAGUGGAAAACCACAAAGGAAUGGGAUUCUGAUUGAAGACUGAGCCACGGACAAUCCAUUGAAUUCAGUUCAACUGAGCAAGGUUUAUCUUGGCAUGAGAAUGGUAUUACUCUUUUACAAAUUAAUCUAGGUAGGUAGAUCCUCUUAAGAUCUUCAAAGGAACAGGGGUAUAUGUCAGUGUUAUUCCUACCCAUCGGAUCUCCAGGAUGCUCUAUUUGGAAUCUGCAUCCUCAUGUGACUGCUAUUCACUGUUGUCUAUUCCUACUCCGGUUCCAGGUGCUAUGCAGGUGAAUGACACAAAGCCAGAGGAGCUAGGAGGAGACUGAGACCACUCCUGUCUCUCUUUGUCCUGCCAGACAUUCCAGCUGUGAAUCUGCAGUAUUUAUGCCAGCCCUUGAUCAUCUUUUUCUGUCAUUCCAUCCAUGAUGGACAGAGAGAGUAAAGGAUUCUGAGUUUUGGUCCUUGGAUCCUGUUGCCCUUGGCAGGUGCCUAUAAGAUGUUGCUAGUGCUAUGGACAUUUCUGUCCCUCUGUAGAGAGAAGCUGAUAUGGUGCAGGUUGGUUUCCAGUUAUCCAAGAAUCUGUAUGUCUCAUGGGCUUCCUGCUGCCCAAAUCCCUUAAGAGUAUAUACAGGACAGAGGCCUGAACCCAAUCCCUCACCUUUGGUGCUAUUUCACAUUCCUCCCUUAGCCCUGACCUUUCUUCACAUUCUGGUGCUAUAAAUGCCUAUAUUUUUAUGCUUUCUCCUUGUAGCUCAGGCUGUGGGUCCAACCGGGUACGUGUGUGUAUGGUUGAGUGUUGAGUGCAUGUGUGUGUUAUUUUAUCAUCUUUUAACAAUCUGUAUUAAAUCUCAGAGCGUGUGGCUGCUUCAUGAUCUCUGUGUCACCUGAUAAGCACACCAGAACUCCUUAGCUCUAACAGUUUGGCUCAAAGUUUGAUAGUAUGUUGAUUUGCUUAUCUGUUAACAUUUCAAAGUGAAACACCCCAGACACACAAACAUAUACUAUCGGGCUUCCUAUGCUAUAAAACAGGACUGUUGAAAUGCUCUCUGAUUCAGUUUGGGGCCAAGUUAAUUAAUUUGGAGUCAGUCCUUAUUCUGUUUGGACCUGUUCAGACCUAACUCUGAAUCAAAAUUCGGAAAUCCGAAUUUAUAUGCCAGAUGUUGAUUUGUGCUGGGAAACACAAACUGCCAUAAUUUUUAUGUAGGGUAUCUCUGCCCCCGCCAAUAGGUGCAUGAAGUUUAGAGGAAAAAUAGUGACUAGAAGGGGAAUAACCAUGACAAAUAGGGUCUCAGGGAGUUUGGUUUUGGUUCCCCCCCCCCACUACUUUUAAAACCUAGCGCCAUGAUAGUAUAAUGGGUUGAGUGUUGGGCUAGAAGUCCAGGAGACCAGGAGCCAAUCCCUAUUCAGCUGCAGAAACCCAUUGGGUGGCCUUGAGUGAGUCAUGCACUCCCAACCUCAAAGGAAGCCUAUGACAAACCUCUGAAUAAACCUUGCAAAGUAAACUCUAUAAAAGGGCCACCAUAAAUUGAUUUGUAAUUACAGCAGCAUGGGAUAGAAUUGAGGCAAACUUUGAAUCUUGUUUGUCUUGAGGCAGUAGGUAAGAGAAUUGCUACUAGCUAAUAAAACUAUUACCAAAAUAUUCCUCAGCCCAACAUGCUGCCACUCAUACAAAACAAAAAGGUAAGUACUGGGAGGAUGAAGAAAGGAAAAAGGGAGCUACAUUGAUCACAACAUUGCCACUAAGAUUCAACAAAACUCAUCAUGUUGUUCUUGCUAACCAAGAACAAGCAAGAGAAUACUCUUUGGCACCACUCCCUCCUCCAUCAGGCACUGAUUGGGAAUUGCUUUUGAGACAGUUGCCCCAGAAUGGCAACUAGAAUCCUUAAUGGGCAAA